CGCGAGCGGGCGGGCCCUCGGUAGAGGCUGGCGUCCCAUUGGCCGGCGGGCCCGUGACGACAGCGUCGCUCUCCCCGGAGGCCGGUAAAACGGCCGCCUCCUGCAGUGAGAAGCGCAGUUCUCCCGGGAGAAGAAAGAGCGGAGGGUCCGGACGAGGAAAGCACCGAAGCCCCCAUCAGUCAGAAUCCGACAUGGAGAGAAGCGGAGAUGAAAGGUACACGUACGAAGAUUGCAAGCGGACGGCCGACUGGCUGCUGUCCCACACCAAGCUCCGGCCCAGGGUCGCCAUCAUCUGCGGCUCGGGCCUCGGAGGGCUGGCUGACCUCCUGAAGGACCAAGUGGCCUUUGAGUAUGGCAAAAUUCCCAACUUCCCUGAGAGCACAGUUGUCGGCCAUGCCGGAAGGUUGGUGUUUGGGAGCCUCAGUGGAACUCCAAGUGUGGUGAUGCAAGGCCGCUUCCACAUGUACGAAGGGUACCCGCUCUGGAAGGUGACCUUCCCGGUCCGGAUCUUCCGUCUGCUCGGCGUUGAGACCCUCAUUGUCACCAACGCGGCUGGGGGGCUCAACCCCGAAUACAAAGUGGGGGACAUCAUGGUGAUCCGCGACCACAUCAACAUGCCGGGCUUUGCUGGGCAGAACCCCCUGGUGGGGCCUAAUGACGACAGGUUUGGGGUACGUUUCCCGGCCAUGUCGGAUGCCUACAACGAAGACCUGAGGAAACUGGCCCACACGGUCGCGUCGGAGAUGGGCUGCUCCGGGUCGGUGCGCGAGGGAGUCUAUUGCGCCUUAGGGGGUCCCAACUACGAGACCAUCGCCGAAUGCCGCUUCCUUCAGCGCCUGGGCGCUGACGCCGUGGGCAUGAGCACCGUCCCCGAGGUGAUCGUUGCCCGCCAUUCCGGCAUGCGCGUCUUUGGUUUCUCCCUCAUCACGAACAAGGCCGUCCUCGACUACGAGAGCACGGAGAAGGCCAACCACGCCGAAGUGCUGGAGGCCAGCCGCCAGAGCGCCCGCACCCUUGAGAAACUGGUCUCCCUGAUGGUGCAGCGCAUCGAGCGCAACAACAACUUGGCCUAGUGGUGCACUUUGCGCUGGCCCCCCUGCCGAUCUCUCGCCAGCAACGUCUUGCCAAGUGGGAGACCACACCCCGCUUCCCGUCUUGUGACGGAGGAUCGGGCGCGGACCAGGCGGGGAGAGCAUGGCGGCCCCGUCCUCCCUGCCCCCUGAAAUAUUCUUCCUUUGUCGAAUCCUGCUGCUGAGUCCUCUACUGUCCAGACGGUAGUUGGAAACGUCGUUCCGCUGCAGUACCUUGACCGUCUCUGGCCACUUGAGGGCUGCGCCUCUUUGUGUUUCUGAUCUCUAGCCUCUGAGACGGUGCCGGUCCAUCUUUGUGUGUUUGAGUGUGAGUCUUUCUCUCGUCUCUCACCUCAUAUUUCAGGAUUUUGUGUACGGCUCUUAGGUUUCCCUCGUAAUCCCUGCCAGGGCGGGAAUAAGGUUGCCAGUUCCAGUCGCCUUUGAUCUUACGGGCCUCUUACUAAUUUACCUCUUUCAUGGCACUUCGCUUUUUAAAGGUUGAGUUACAGAGAGCGGGCUUCUGAAACCCUGAAAGCUUCCGUUUCAAAAUGGCCGCUCUCUCGUCAGCAGGUUCCUCAGGUAGAACCUAGCUAAUACUGUGCUGCUCGCUUGAUCGUGAAGGCCAGGAUUUCAGUCCCUUGGAUGUCAGGAUGCUCACUUCGCCUUGAGGCAUCCUUUGUAGGAUCUCUGGUUGAACUUGA